UGGAUGUUCGCUUGUAGUGGAUGUUCGCUUGUAGUGGAUGUUCAUUAAUAUUCAAGGAUAACAGUAGAGCCUCUUUAUUUCUAUGACUAAACAUGUGUUAUCUUAUUAAGAUCACUGAGGGUUAGUCCUGUCACAGAGAAAAUGACUAUAUAAUUAUUUAGAUUAGUUAGAUAUUGUAGGGUAAGAAAUUAACCCUUUUACCAGGCAGCCAUUACUUGCUACCAAAGAGAAAGGACAGACAGCAAAUUUACUCACCCAGGCAGAAUUGUUAAUGUUUUUACUAUGGUUUAUUAGGAAUACCUUGGCAGCAACUAUAUGCUGCUUACAUGAGAGCAGGCAACAAACUGACCCUUGUACUAGGCAGCGCAACUGCUGCUUACUGCCCCUAAUUACAAAAUUUAGUAUCGAUGUGUUUUGUUGCAGUACUGUGUUAGGCUGUUAGCUACAAUGCCCAAUUGCAUUGUUAGGUUGUGACCUUCUCACCACAUAGUGAGAAGAAUGAAGGUAGGUAACUUCUACCGGCUAACACCUUAUGUGAUAAUGUUGACAAAUCUCAUAAAGCUCAUUUCAAUUAAUGAGCGUGCAAGUUUUAAUUUUAUUUAGGAUGAAACCAUCCGCAACGAUGAAACACAAACAGCAACACUACAGCUCCCAGAAAUAGCAGUUCUAGUAUAUCCCCGUCUUUGACAUAGUCCCUCGGGCUUUGACGACUAAUCAUUAUGAGGUUAAACUUAUAAUAAUUAAUGAUGCACUGCCCGACUCAGUCGCUCAUAGAAAAACUCAAAAAGGCAUCAUAAGAACCUGAACACGUACCGGUAACGUAACAACACACACACCGAGGAUCCGGUGCAAUGAAUCGUCCAGAACUUUAUGAGGAAGUGCGCCUUUACCGAAAUGCAAGGGAACGAGAAAAGGUAGACAAUAUGGCUGACCUGUACUCUGUAAUCAACACCAUACAGUGCCUGGAAAAAGCAUACAUUAAGGACGCCGUGACACCAAAGGAGUACACUGCAGCAUGUUCAAAGUUACUGGUGCAGUACAAGGCUGCGUUCAAGCAAGUGCAGUGUGAUGACUUCCCUACCGUUGAAACCUUCAUGAGAAAAUACAGAAUGGACUGUCCAGCGGCAUUAGAAAGAAUAAAAGAAGACCGGCCAAUCACUAUAAAGGAUGACCAAGGAAACACCAGCAAAUGUAUCGCCGACAUCGUAUCACUCUUCAUCACGAUCAUGGAUAAACUGCGCCUGGAAAUCAGGGCUAUGGAUGAGAUAUAUCCUGAUCUAAAAGAUCUCAUGGAGACUAUGAAUAGGCUAAGCAUCCUGCCUUCCGACUUCGAAGGAAAAGCCAAGACGCAGACAUGGUUGGACACGAUGAAUCAGAUGCAGGCGCAUGACGAGCUGUCUGAUCAGCAGGUGAGGCAGCUGCUCUUCGACUUGGAGUCUGCCUACAACAGCUUCAACCGCGUGCUGCAUUCCAUGUAAAAGGUAGCAUUACGUGUUCGACGGGCCGUGUGGAGGAGAGGUGUAUGCGGUGCAUGCGUGCAUGUGGGAGGCAAGUAAUGAGGAAGCUGAGCAGAGCAUCGGAAGCAGAGAGGACUGAAGCCAUGGCGUGAGUGUCGCAUCCCUGCUCCACCGUGCACCGACUCACACUGCUGCCACCUAUCCGCGGAAAAGACGACGAGUCGGCUUCUGGAACUGGACACCGGACACAGGCUUAACCAUGGUGAUGUCUAGUGGACACCGGACACAGGCUCAACCAUGGUGAUGACUACUGGACACUGGACACAGGCUUAACCAUGGUGAUGACUACUGGACACCGGACACUAGCUUAACCAUGGUGAUGACUGCUGGACACUGGACACAGGCUUAAUCAUGGUGAUGACUACUGGACACCGGACACAGGCUUAACCAUGGUGAUGUCAUGGUGAUGACUACUGGACACCGGACACAGGCUUAACCAUGGUGAUGUCUACUGGACACCGGACACAGGCUUAACCAUGGUGAUGUCUGCUGGACACUGGACCGGGACGGGAGCGAUGACGGGGGCAAUGACGGGGAGCGCAUAUGGCAUUCACGCUUGCGCUAAAACCUGGCAUCUUUGUAGCAUUUGUGUUUUCCUACACUACACAUUCCCUGACACUCGAUUAUUGAGUGAGUCAUUGAUUAUGGUUGAUCAUGAUCGAUUGUGGGUGAUAUACCAAGGACGAGAUCCUCUCACGAUUUGCUUGAAACCUAUGUGAUGCACAGGGGGCGCUGCAAUGCUUGCUGCGACAGCUUAAAUCGUAUGUGAUCUAUAGGCGAUUCGGCUCCUACCCACUAUGAAAUUCAAAA